CGGCGGCGCCGCUGCCAUUUUGCGCGGUGUUCGGGAGACCCCGGCCCCUGCCGCCGGGAGCAGCGCCCAGCAGCCUGGCCACCCGGCUCCCGAAAACCGCUUAUUCGCUCCGCGAGCGGUACCUGAGGAGCGGGCGCGAAGCCCGGGUUCUCUCCGGUUCCCCGUCCGUCUGUCAGAACAGCGUGAGAACUGCGCCCCGGGGCGCCCGCUGUCUGCGCACCGCCAUCGGCUCGUGCAUUCGCUCCGCAGCCUUCGGAAGUGUCCCCGAGUCUCUGCGUUGUUUUCUUCUGUUGCCGUCGCUGGUGCUCUCGUUGGCGGUCCCCUCCUUCACGUGCUCUGCGCUCCUUUCUAAACGGGAAAAACUCAGUGCCGGGCGGUGCUGUCUCAGGAAGGCAGCUCCGAAAUGAUUGCCAUCUGUUUUCGUCGUUGUGGAGGAGACCGGUUCCUAUCGGGGGGGCAGGAGAAGGAAUGAGAUCAGCGAGCGGCGAUUACAGCAAAUCCUGCCCCGGAGCUGGAGCAGCUAUAGGGAGCAGUGCCCUGGGUAGCCAGCCAUGAUCGCCACUGGAGGCCUCCUGAGGAUCUCAGCUAGGAAACAGGAUCCCUUGCGACCACAAAGCCAAAUCCCCAAACGCAAACGUAAGGCCAAGAAGAAACGCAAAAAUGAUGUUGUGGUUGUGAAAGGCAAGCUCAAGCUGUGCUCCAUCUCAGGGCUCAUCGCCCUCUGUGGCAUCCUGGUACUGCUAGUGGGCAUCGCCUUGGCUAUUGUGGGCUACUGGCCUAAGUCCAGCCAGGUAUACAGAGAAGUUAGUGAGGGCAGGCACCUGGCCCCUCAGGGUGGCACCCUCAAGAACCGCUCCCAGAACCAGGAAGGGGCACAAGCUGAGAUCUACCUGGAGUCACCUUCCAGAGCCAAUUCCACCGCUGCUAUCAGCCAGGAGUUCCCGCAGUCCUAUCCCACUUCCUCAUCCCCCCAAGCUUCAGUGGGUUUCCUUUUCCGUCUUUUCUCAAGCUACUUGCAUUCAGACAAGCUGAAGGUCUUGGGCCCCCUCAUCAUGGGUAUUGGCAUCUUCCUCUUCAUCUGCGCCAAUGCAGUAUUGCAUGAGAACCGUGACAAGAAGACCAAGAUCAUCAACCUGCGGGACCUCUAUUCCACUGUUAUUGAUGCCCACAGCUUGCGGGCAAAGGAUGGAGGCGCCUCAGCUCCUCUUAAUGGCUUUGUCAAUUAUGUGCAGUCACGGGGCCUGGAGCUAAAGCCUAGUGGUGAAGGCCUGGGUGCUGCGGCUAUGCUGGCCAAGAGCUCUUGGCCACCGGGCCUGGCUGCCUCUUUUUCCCCACCUGACCUAGCGUCCUCGCCACGACGUUCCUCCUUCUGCACCUUGCCACAGCCUCCCAGCCUGGCUGAGGCUGUGUACAGCAUCUACCAGGAGCGUGCUGCCCGUACUGGCCGCACCUUCACCAGUCCGCCCUGCAGCCCACCAGAGAGCUGGGGCCAGCGCAGCACAGCCAGCUCCAUUGUUGGAUCCUCGUUGAGUGCUUUCACUCUUCUGCCCUUGGCGCAGAGUGGCAGAGGGGGAGGCUGGCGGAGGCCUCCUGGUGAGCGAGGAGUCCAGGAAAUCCCACGGGGGGAGUUUGAAUUGAGCCUGACUGACCUCAGCCACGUCGAGGGAGGCUACAGGACAAGGAGGCACAAGCUGGUUCUCAGGCGACAGAGCACCAGCUGCUUGCCUGAUGCAAGGCGUCCCCUUUCUCCUGAGCCACCUCAGCCUCCAGCUGUCAGGGGAGACCUGGACUCCAGCCUGUUGGCAACUUCUAGCCACUCCAGAUCUCUGGACCUGGGGGAAUCACCUCCCUCAACUCCCCCCGCCAUCACCAGGAUGGACUCCCAGAGCUCACAGUCUGAGCCUUCCAGCAGCAAUAAGGGCUACAGUCACCUGGAGGAGGCUGGCACCUCCUUGGAGUCAGUUGCCAACACCCCAGCCAGUAAAAUCCAGGACUGUGAGGAGGAACCAGUUGAGAAAAUGGACCCCCUCAAGGCUACCAGCACAGAACAAACAGGGGAACAAUCUCAGCAAAUUCAAAGACAGUACACAAAGAAAGAGAAACUCUUUAUGAUUUCUAGGUCGCACGCUGCAUUAGGGCUGGAGGAUGGGGAGCUGGAAAGUACUGGCAUCUGAAAAACCAAGAAAGGGCAAAGACACCUUGCAGCCCUCCACACCUUUCCCCCUUCUUCAUCUUUUUGUGGACUUAGGAAACCAGUCUAUAUCCAAAGAGCUGCAGUAUGCUACCCUUGAAAAUCUGAAUUCAGUAAAUUCUGUAGAUGACUUCAGGAAGAAAAUCCUUCUGUCCGAUUGUAUGUUCCUUGCAAGCCAAAUUGUAUUAAAUAUCCACAGUCCAGCAAGUUCUUGAGAUCAGCUUAAUACAAUUUCGGACAGUAUAACCGUGCACUUUAAUUGUCUUGAUUUCCAAGUGCUCCUUCUCCUCCGAUUUCUUUCUUGCUGAUUUGCCACUAACUGCUUGAAAACCACAGGCACUUUUUUUAAGCUCAAGAGCACAGUGCUCUUUAGAUUAAGAAAGCUGAGCUCUCUCUUUGUUUUGGUUCAAUCACUAAAAAGUUUGCAAGGCCUUAAGGAUGACGUACCUUGACAAAGAAGGAGUUUGCUUAAAUUUUGGAAAAAUGAGAAUUUAGAACAGAAUAGAGCAGAACAGAGUGUUGAUAAUUUAGUUUAAACCAUAAUGUUCCUCAAAAUACCUACUACAAUGUGAUACUUUAUCAAGUAUUAUUACACAUGUAUUGAGUAAUAGCAUUAAAAGAUUUUUUUUUUUUAAUAAAACAUUUGCAAACAAAACUGAGAGAUAAAAAGUCUUUUAUUUUGGUAAGUACUUAUGAUGCCAUAAAUUUCUGUUUUUGUAGUGUGAAUGAUUAGAGAGAUGCUACAAGGCCAAAGGUUUGCUUAUGCUUUUAAGUGGAUAAUAACCAUAUAGGAGUAAUUUCAAAAUAAACAGUGGUUUUGACUCUGAGAAACUAUGCUUUGGUUCAGUCAGCAAAAUCUGUCUCCAUUUCUAACAGUGCUUUCUGACAUCUGCAGGAAUGUGAGAUUUUGACAUGCUAUGGGAAAAAAAAAUUAUAGGUUUGACCUGUUAAAAUUAGAUUUUUUUCCUGAGUAACACUGAGUAAUUGAUCUCAAACUGUAGCAUGUUCUUUUAGGAGUCUUCAUUCGCAAUUGUUGCUUUAAGCCUUUCCCCUGUUCACGUUUUCAUAUUCAUGAAAGUAUGUGCAUAAUGUUAAUUUUAAAGCAUAAUUAUAGUCCUGAAUGUCUCUGAGCUGCUCACCCUGUUGAAAUCAGUGGAAGGUUCUCAGUGACUUUGGAUUGGUGAGAGUUUCUUCUUGAGUGAGAAAAGCAUCAGGCUUCCUUACGGCUGUUUUUUUUUUUUAUGAUCUGUGGGCAGACUUUUAGUAGAUUGAUGAGUUGUUUUAUUUUUGAACCUGCAACGUGACAGGCGUUCUUUUAUUUUGUUAAAGCAGCUCUGCAGCUUUAGAUGCUCAGGAGAUUUCAUCAGUGUUUCAGGUUUCGAAUGUGGAUGUGUCAUUUCAUCAUACACAAAGGGAAACUGACAUUAAACAAACACAUGGUGUAGAGGGGAAAGUUGUUUUUCUGUUGCAAGUAAAAUUUUUGUUAUGGUUUCAUGCCUUGAAAUACCUAGUUAUAUUGCAGUGCAUUGCAAAAUUGAAUAUAACAGUCACAAAAUGCAAUUGCAAAGAGUAAUCUGGCAAAGUCCUAUAUUAAAUAAGGCUAAUUUAAAAAAAAAAAAAGCCCACAAAGAAUUUGCCAUGUCUGAAAUUGUGGAAGCAGUUCUCUUGAGCAACUGAGAGUAUCCAGAUGGCAAUAUCUCUUCUCUUGUCAGUGGCAACCACAAAAAACAAUAACAUGAACGUCAGCGUGACAUUUUUUUUGCUAUCAAACUGCUAACACACAGCUGGCAAAAAAUGUGUUGCAGAACUGCCUGAGCUGGAAGGUGGAUUGAUGAGACACUGCAAGAAGUGGCACACAGUUCUCCCAGUUCCAAGUCAUUAGUGAACCAGUGCUUAUGCUUCUCUUGUGAUUUGCAGCAAGAUUUAUGAGCUGUAUCUGAGCAGCGUUACCUGGUGCUGACGGAGAUGCUGGUUGUUUGUGCCGAUGAAGAUACCUCGUUUGUUGCUAUCUAUGUGAAAACUUUGUAGGGGCACAGGGUAAGAGGUGGGUUGUGGGUACUGCUUCCUGGAGGAUGAGGUUCUCAUGAAAGCAUGACAAGUUUUUAUUCAUUCUGAAAGGGAGACAAAUGUAUUUCUGUAUAUGUAUUCUUAG